AUGUACGAAUCCAGUUAGUUAAAGUUUAUAUAGUUUGUAAUGCAAAGUUGUUAUAGUUAGUGGUUGCAAAUAAUAAGAAGCGUUAGUUGUGUUAUAGUUAGUUUGCAAACCAUUUUUUCUGUGCCCAUCCACUAUCCUCACCGUAAUAAUAAAACUACCACCACAUAAGGAAUAGGUUUGCAUGCAGGAUUCAAUCCAAUAUAUGAUGCCAUUAUUUUAUUCUACCCCCCUUUAACCACUUGCAUUACGUUGCAUUUAGCUAAACUUGGUCUCAUCACAUCUCAGCUCUCAGUUAAAUAGUGAAAUUCCUCAGUUCACCAACUCACGCACCAACUCAGCCAAGUGAAUCAUUCCCCUCGUUUAAAUACAGUAUAACAAUACACGACAGUCACAAAUAUAUUUAACAAGAUUUUUUAGUUUUGCUAAUAGUCUCAGUCGUGGAGGAAAUUCCUCGUUGACAUCAGUCCACGACUGCAUACCAAACAAAGUGCAGCGUCCGCAGUAGUGUGAGUGAUGUUAAUUUGUGAAUACGGAAUUAUACACAUAUUUAUAAUAUAUUGCUUUGUCGUGGGAAGCCCAAUUAUUUGGAUAGAACAGGAACUUCAGUAACAACUUUGCUGCUGAAAUUAGAAACUAUAGACGAAUCUCAUCUUGCAUAUCAUCCCAUCAUCAUUGUGUCCUCCUCCUGACAAAUAGUUGAAUGGAAAGUAGAGUCAUGGCGAAAUGUUUGUUUCAAAUUUCAACUCCAAUCUCAUCCUUUGCAGCUAUCCGUCUGUCUUCACACUCUUGAAGAGAAGUAAUAGGCAAAUAUUUUCAAUAUGAAGACACCAAAGGAAAAGAGUUAAAUGAUCCCCAAUAAACAAGUCCCCAUGCAACAUUACUCUCACUUUACAUGAAGUAUUUUAUAGUGAAAAUUGUUAUUAUUAUUAUGCAUAUGCACCUGCCAUGCCACUACUCUUUCUUGCACGUACAUACCUGUGGGUGCCGAAUCUGAGUAACAUUAGGAAGUGAAGUUGAUGCAGGUUGCAAAAUGAAAUGAAAUAAUAAAGAUUUGUGUGAGUGGAAUGUGCUAUGUUGUGAGUUAUUAAAUAAAAUAAGUCUUACAAACAUUUUUAACUUCAGGAUUCACGAGAGAUUUCUAAUCAUCAUUAUCCUUCUUAUCAACAUUGUAUUAUUGAUAAACCCAAAGCCAGACGAAGAUAUUAAAGGAUGAAGCUCAAAGUCACGUUAAAGAGAAAUGUCUGAAGUUUUAAGUGCGCAAUCUGCUGGACAAGCUUUUUUCAUUUCAAGUGAAAUGGCUGGAGGGACUGAGAAAGAAGGGACCACCACAACCACCUCCAUGCAACAAUCAAAUAUUACCGGAAACGCUGAUAAGGUUAUUGAUAACCUACCCACUACGAAAAACUAUACCAGCACCGCAUCAAUUUCAGUCUCUUACAAGAAGAAUAGUGACACAAUCAGUAGUCAACAGCACAACAAUCGAGCAGUCGGAAGCACAGAAAGUUUACCAGAAGAAGAAACCCUCGUGGUGCAAGUUGAAAAUAACGAGCAAAAUGCACUUCUAGUACACAUUUUGAAAUGCAAUGCUAACAGCCAAUCCGCAAUAGUUCCUCCUUCUCCUCCUGGUUCUAAGAACAGAGAAAGGUCAAAAACGCCCCCUGCCAACAUGACCUCGGCUGCAACCUCGCAAGCCUUCAACGACUUUCUACUCGGGGCUCAGAGUUACAUGGAAAAGUCGCGAGAUUCCGGCGUCCACCUCGACUGCCCUCCCGACUACUCGGGCUCCUCGAGUUCCACUUCCGGUGAGAAGGGUGAUGAAGACGACAGUUCGCGACGACACUCGAAAAGCUCCAGUCUUCCCCAUGGCGUUAAACUCUGUCCUGAAGGGAGUGGAUGCGUUUCGAAAGAGGAACGCUGUGCUAAUUUGGAAGAUGAGUUAAGAAAAGCGCAAAUCGAGCUUAAAGCCAAAGAUGCAGAGGUCGAGAUUCUCAAAGGGAUUCGACAACAGGUUGAGGGAGAGUUGGAGGAUUUGACGGCAUCAUUGUUCCAGGAGGCUCACAAGAUGGUGACGGAAGCCAAAAUGAAGGAAGUGGGUUCUGAGAAGAGUUUGAAAGAGGCAAAAAUGCAGCUGGAGGGGUUGCAGGCGGAGGUGGCGGCCUUGAAAGCCCUUCUCAUCACCUCCACCCCCUCGCGACCAAACCUCGGAGGGAACAACUCCAACGGCAUCUCCCUCUUCAAAAAACAGCACAAACGGACCCCCUCCCACAACCAUUUGCAGUAUGGGAGGAGCAACGAGGAGGAGGCAGGAGCAGUGGAGAAAGGAAAACAGUCGUCCGAAGUGGUUAUCGACCGCGCCCACUGCGACGUAGACCCCAUCCUCAUGGCUCAUUUUGCCGCCUGGAGGGUCAACCCUGACCUGACCCGUGAGAAGAGUGACUUUCUCCACAAGAUUUACACCGAGGAUAUCGAUCCUUGCCUGUGCUUCGCGGACGAAGCUCUAGUCAACCGACUGAAGAAAGCGAUUGAAGACAAUUCCGUUUGGGUCGAACCUUUGCCAGAGAAGGAUCGGAACAACGUUCCCAAGGAUUGUGCUCUAUUAAAAUCUCCACGAGUGUGCCAUUAUCGAAUGAGGUUCGCUUUCGAUUCUGAUGAAUGGUUCGAUAUUUCACAAAUUUGUAGAGAUCGGAUCGCGUCAGUUUGUGAAUUCCUAAAUUAUCUACGAUACACGAAGAACGGACUGGUGAAAGCUUCCGUGGAGGACGCUUAUUGGGAAAUGCUCCGACUGAGAAAGCAAAUGGUCAUUGCAAAACUUGGAAUAUCAAUCUCUUGAAUAUAUCCUCCCCUUUUAGUAAAAAGGAAAAAACUAAGUAAAGCGUAAACAUUCGUCGCUUUGUUAAAGCAAUUUUAAGAACAAUACGCCUCGACUCAAACUAUUAGGUAUAGUUUCGCAGCAAACAAAAUACUUGCAGGUUUUACUACUUGGCUUCCUAAAAUACUACACAUUUCUUAUAACUACAUACUCUUUGUGUUGGGGUAACGGAGUUAAGAUUUUAAGAUGCUAAUGCACGCAAGUAUUGUUGUAUUACAAUAUGUGAAUCACUUCGAUGUGAUUUUCAUAGAAGUCUUCACUUUAAUGCAUUAUAAGGAACUUGUUGAAAUUAAUCUGAAUUAGAUCUGAAAAACAUUGUGUCUCUCAAGAUCUGUAGAAAAGAAUCUAAUUUAAGCUAGACUAAACUCGACACUGAAAAAAUGUAUGGAGUUUUUGUAUACCAAUUGUGUCCCAAAAUGAACUUAAGGCCUACAUGAAUUUGCCAAAAUAUUUAUAAUAACAUUAGUAGCAACUGUAUUCACAUGCCUUGCAUUGCCAAUACAACAAAAAACUUAUAGAUGACUAUAUAUACUGAAUACCCAUAAUAUUAUUUAAAAGCCAAACUUUCUUCCAAUUCCUACUGUUCCUUACGAAUAUAAUUUAUUUCUCCAUGCAAAGAACGAAGACGAAAGAAAGCCGCAUGUCUUGUCCACAAACUUGCUUCGUAUUGUGAAAUGUGAUGUUCAUCUGUAUAAAAAUUUGUGAUUAGAAACUACUAAACGUAGGUUAAAAACGCAUCGAUUCGAUAGAAAAUAUAUAAUGUUGCUCUAUUAUAAUUACAUAAAUUAAUCUACAUAUUUCAAUUUAGAAUAGUCUCUGUUUAAAUAGUAAUCUCCUUCUGAUAACUGUUAUAUACUGCUUUUGCAGAAAAUGCUUCAACUGAUGUGAAAUAACUCUAAAGUCUCAAGUCUUGAUCUUCUCUUCUAAAUAGUGUAACGUAGAAUCUGUUGUAGAUAACUAUUAUCCGUAUACACGUAAUAUUUCAUAUUUGCAUCUCGUAUAAUGAUGAUGAUCAAUACCACCACUUACCAAACACACCGCAACUACUACGCAAAGUCAUGGUAAAUGAAAAGACUUGAACAAUACUACUGCUGUACAGUUUAAGUUUAAAUUUAAUUAGUAGAUUCUACAUAACAUGCGCUGUUUUUAAUGGAUUCGUGCAUGGUUACAAUCAGAUAUCCAUAAAGGAUUUAAAUUAAUUCAAUGAUGAUUAAUAUAUUUGUCGAAUAUGAAACUCGAAUGCAGUCUUUAUACGACUUUACUUUUUAUAAUGAUGAUGAUUGAUUGAUAGGUGCUAGAGAGUAACAUAACGAGGCAAUUCGCACAGUCCUUACUUACUAAAAUUGCCAAACAAAAUCAGCGUACGAAUCUUACUCUGAUCAAAAGGGCAUCUUUUUGGUUUGUAAGAAUUUGUAAAGCGUCGGAUUUUAUAAUGUUAUCAAGGCCUGGGUGAAUUGCCUCAUUAUUAUUUAAUUGUUAGAACAGCAGAAUUUAAUGAGAUAUUAUAAGGAAAUUAUAUAGACAGGUUUAAUAAUCUAUUCCUUCAAUAUUUGAUAAUUUUACGACGGGAUGAUUCGUGGUGGACAGUAUAAAGGAAAGAAAACUAGUGAAAAUAAAAAAAUAAAUAGUAUUUACAUACAAAA